AGCAGCGCGCUGAUGUCUAGCCAACUUCUGUCAUCUUUUUCUCAUUUUUCUCAGUUUAGUAAAAUUUUAUCAUUUAUCUUUAUCUACUUUUCCACUCUCACCGGCGCAAGAGUUUUCAUUGAUAACAAAUAAAAUAACAUAUAAAUCAUGGCCGAGUAUACAAGAGAACCCUGCCCUUGGAGAAUACUCGAUGAUUGCGGGGGUGCCUUCACGAUGGGACUCGUUGGAGGCAGUGUAUUUCAAUUCGUAAAGGGAUAUCGUAAUGCACCAAGUGGAAUUAACAAACGUCUUAUGGGAAGUAUUAUGGCUAUCAAACAAAGAUCACCAAUAAUCGCUGGUGGUUUUGCUGUCUGGGGUUUCGCCUUUUCGACGAUCGACUGCACGUUAGUUCACUUUAGACAGAAAGAAGAUCCAUGGAAUUCAAUAACAAGUGGGGCUGUAACUGGUGCAAUUGUAGCAUGUCGAAGUGGAACUCCUGCUAUGGUAGGAAGUGCUAUUGUUGGAGGCGUGUUAUUAGCACUUAUUGAAGGAGUUACUAUAUUCAUAAAUCGUGUAGGUGGUGAUGCGUUUACUCCACCAACAGUAGAUUUUGACGAUCCGAUAGAACUAAAACCUCUUGAUAAUAUUAAAAAUUAACCACAAUAAAAAUAAAAUAACUUUGUAUAAUUAUUUUAUGAGUUUAUUUAAUUAAAAUUUAUUUAAAUUGACAUUCAUCGGAAUGUAAAUUGUCAAUUUAUAUUUCAAUAUCUUUAAAUAGUUUUAAUAGUACGUUAACAUAGUAAUUGUAUCAUAAGUUUAUUUUUCUUAAGAUAAUAAUUUACUUUUUGUUAAUCGAAAAGGUAUAAAUAUUUUUGAAAUUAUAUCGAACACAAAAUAAAACAAAAUCAUAAAAUUAAAGUAUUUUUUUUUCUCGAGCUAAGUAAUGAUAUUUGAAAGGUUGAUUUUCAUAUUACAAAUAUAAUUUAAAUUUAUAAGGUGUACAAUUAUAUAAUCAAAUAUGUUUGUAAAAUAUAUUCAUUUUUAUUUCAUGUAGAGAGCUAAUAAAUAAUGUGUAAUAAAAUAUAAUUAUUGUUAAUGAUCUAUAUUAAUUAAAAUGUCAAACAUUUGAUAAUUGAUAUCACGUUCAAAUUUUUAUUGUAAUAUUUAUGUGAAAAAAUUUUAUGUGAUUGUAAUUGUAGUGAUAGUGUUUUGGAAGUAUCAGCUCUACUAUCAACUGAAGCGAUUACGAUGUGUUGGUGCAUCAAUAAGAUGUUCUGUAGAAACUUUUACUCAACCACGAAGAUGAUGUCUUGGUACACAACUUAGUCAGUAGCACUACGAAACUCUGAUAUUGCGUGAGAAAUUAUUUAAUUAUUGGAAUCAAUUUCUACUAAUUUUUUUUCAAGAUAGUUUUACAACCGCAUUCGCGCCGCGUUACUUUUUGAACAGUUUUGACAGAAAACUAAAUUUGUCGGAUUUUUUCAGUCAAAAGAAAGAAAGUUAAAAUUUUUCUAGCUUUGUAACGAAAUUCCCUGACAUUUACAGGUUUUCCAGAAAUGUGGCCACCACGUUUCAACUCCAAAUAUUAAUUUUUUUGGCGUAGACAAUAAAAUUUAAUAAUUACGUUUUAAUUAUAAAUGAAAGGAUUAUCAUUUGGAAUUACUGGUCAAUUUAUCAUGGUUCACUGCGUUUUGGUCCCAAAACAUUUCAUCCCCGAUAAUUCAUGACAAUGACAACUUACACUUAGACAAAUAAUACCCGAUAAUUUAUCUGUUGGACAAUUGAUACUUCAAUAAAAAUAUUAAAUACAAUACACCAACUAUAAAUAUUUUUAAUUAUGAACAUUUUAUCAAUAUAAUUUUAAUACACACUUUCUCAUAACCACAUCAUUUAGCACCAUAGUACAUAAUCGAUCGUUAAGAAUUAUUUACUUUAUAUUAAUAAUAAAAUAUUAUCUCUUAA